CCCUGCGUGUCACCGGGCGGCAUGGGAGCACCCAGGCUGCUCUUCCUCGGCAGUCGGGCGACAGCGUUUUGUGGCCGGUAAAGGAGAAAGCGGCCGCGCCGGGGGAGGCAGCGCCCCGCUUCCCUCCAGGGCCGGAAGAAAAAAAAGAAAAGGGAAAAAAAAAACCCGAAAAAACUAAACCAAACAAGGAAAAAAACCUUCCUCCGUCGUGCUGCCGGGGUGACGGAGGGGCCGGGGCCGGUGUGAUCCCCGCCCGCCCCGGAAAGGGCCGUGCUCUGCGUCGGCACCGGAACCAGCGCCGGAGGCACCGGCAGCGACCCCGGCCGCUGCAGCGACCUCGGCCCCGGCCAUGGGGCUGCGCUGGCUCUGGGCGCUGCUGCUGGCGCUGCCCGGCGCCUGGGGUGACUGCCAGCAGCCGCCCAGGUUCGUCUUUGCGGAGCCCCCCAUGCCCCUGGAGGAGUCCUACGCCGUGGGGACCUCGCUGACAUACAGGUGCCGCCCGGGGUACAGGAUGGCCAGUGGCAAGUCCCCCAGGGUCACCUGCCUCCCCACCUCCCUCUGGUCGGCGGAGAGCUCCGACUUCUGCAUCGGGAAGUCGUGUGGCCCACCAGACAUCAUGAACGGCAGGUUUCACACCGAGACCAACCUCCUGUUCGGGGCGAGGAUAACCUACAGCUGUAACAUUGGGUACCGAUUAGUUGGGCAGCCGUCUGCACAAUGUGUACUUAAGGACAACGAAAUUUUCUGGAGUAACAUUCCAAUCUGUGCCAGUAUUCACUGUUCAGCUCCUCCUGUGAUCGAGAACGGGCAGUUCAGCAACGGGGACAGAGACUUCACCUUUGGCAUGGCCGUAACUUACCGCUGCAACAAAGAUUUUGUUCUUAUUGGACACCCCGUGAUUUACUGUACCGUGAUGAAUGACAACGUCACCGGAACGUGGAGCAGUGCGGCACCUGAAUGCAAAGUGGUCCAGUGUGAAAAUCCAGAAGUGAAAAAUGGGAGAAGGUUGUCUGGCUUUGGCACUGAGCACACGUAUAAAGAUACAGUGAUGUUUGAGUGUAACCCUGGUCACCUCCUGAAUGGCAGUAGCGUGGUUAUUUGUGAAGCAGACAAUACCUGGAAGCCGUCUCUGCCAACAUGUGACCCAAUCCACUGCGGUCCUGCCCCACAAUUCCCUUUCGCUGAGGGUGAAAGGGCUGUGGGUGACAGCUCUCUUGCUGGAACUACGCUGAAGUAUCGGUGUAAACCAGGUUAUACUACAGCCAGUGGAAAGUCCUCUGUUGUCACUUGUCUGAGCAAUAGAACGUGGUCUGCAGACCCAGACUUCUGUAUACAACAGGAAUGUGCUCCUCCCACGAUAGAGAACGGGGAUGUGAUUGCAGCCAAUUUCCUCUUUGGGACAGUUGUGACAUUCACGUGUCAUACUGGGUAUGAAUUAAAGGUGUCAUCUGCCAAAUGUGUGGUAUCAGGAAACGGAGUUGAUUGGGAUACAGCACCUCCGUACUGUGAAAGGCAGCUCCCCAGCGUUCAAUGCGUGGAGCCCCCCGCGAUUGACAACGGGAUGCACAAUGGCACGAAGGGCACGAGCUUUGUCCAAGGCUCCGCUGUAGUUUAUCAAUGCAAGGAUGGCUUCACCCUCGCUGGAGCAGCCACUCUUCACUGUGAAGCAGAUAAUCUAUUGCGUGGAGUCUGGAGCAACCCUGCUCCUGAAUGCAGAGGUGGAGCAAACAUGAUCAUUGUUGGAAUCUUCCCCGUCCUCCUGGCAAUGCUGGUUACGAAUGUUUAGAUUAGAGAACGGUUCAGAGGGGAGGCUCUCGUAGGCUUGAUCACGCUGAUUACGACGCUCUGCUUUUCGUUCCUGUGAAAUUGGCCUUGAAUCUGCCACGAUCUGACCUUGGAUGACAAAGCCGGGGCGGUCCCUGCCGCUGCCCGGGAAGCAGCCGCGCUUUCGGCUGCAGCUGCCGCAGCUCCGCGUUGCGUUGGACACAGCAGCUCGUGCGGGGGGCUGGGCUGGGCGGGCGGCUCUCUGCCACCCAGAUAAGAACUGCUCGGAAAUCAAGUGCAGUGAUCUCCGCGUUGCUGCAGAGGUGCCUUCCUGCUGCAAUAGGCUCGACUCAAGGAAAUGAUGAACUUUGGGUACCUCCACACGUUCAGUUUUUCAGCCCUGCUAAAGUUAUUUUGUGCCUCAUCCUGAUCAGGAUUCAGGGGUUUCUUAAGUGUCCUGAGGUGGAAAGUGCUGCCGAGACGAUUAACGGUGAAUGUCUUCACGUGAGUGAUAUGUGUACAUGAAAAAAUUCUUUGAUACAAAUAGGAUGCGUAGGUCAAGAAUUAUCUGUGGGUACUGAAAGCAUUGAAAGUGUUCAUAUUAUACAAGCGCUGUUAUAGCUGU